AUGACAGUCAACAAGAGUAUGAAAUUGAUGAGUCUCCAGAAGGAAUCAUCUUUCGAAUCUGAAUUGAUCGACAAGAGUUCCAAUGAUGGCAAUAAGGAAGAAUGUUUGGACGACUCCGAGAAAACUGAAGACACUGGAUCUCUAGAAUUUCCAGGAUUGGGCUCAUCCUCCAACCACUCGAAUGAAGUUCCCGCGUCGUCCAGUAGUAAACCAAGAAAGCCUCGCAAAUCGUCACUGUCGAGUUGGCUGCAGCAUGGAUGUGACGCAUUCGAAGAAGGAGAAAGAGGAGGAGGUCCUCCACCUCGUACCAGUAGUGCACCAAAACCCAGCCGCUCCUCUCCUGAAGAACUUCCUAUACAGCCUGUUAGUACGAAAAAGAAGAGCCGAUCUGCUAUCUCGAGUUGGAUGCAGCAUGGAUGUGACGCAUUCGAAGAAGGAGAAAGAGGUGGAGGUCCUCCACCUCAUACCGGAAGUGCACCCAAACCCAACCGCUCCGUUACUGAAGAAGUUCCUCCCCAAACCAGUAGUAAGUCAAGGAAGUCUAACCGUUCUUCAAUCUCGAGCUGGAUGCAGUAUGGAUGUGACGCAUUCGAAGAAGGAGAAAAGGGAGGAGGCCCCCCACCCCGUAGUGCACGCACACCCCGCCGCUCUUCUCUCAAGGGCAGCAGGAGCAGUACUCCCAAAGGAGCCCCCCGCCGCCACUCCCUGACCUUUUCCAAAGACGUGGUAGUAUCAACCAUUGUACCCACAAAGAAACUAGCCAAAAAGAAUUCUCUCUGGUUCAUGGAAAAGGACUAUGAAAAGAUGCGCAAAAAGAUUUCCCACAUAGCAAAGCGCGCGCAAGAAAAGGGUGGGGCCGAACACAAGAAGAAGUACUGCACUAGAGGAUUGGAAAAUCUGAUUCGCCAAGGCGGCUCUGAGACUAGAAGAUAUGCUGCCUGGGAUGCGGUAAUGGACGAGCAAGCAAAUCAAUGCAGCGCGGAAUACUACAACGAAGAUGCCGUCUCGAAAUCCUAUCGAACGGCCUGCGAGGAGAGCCGUGCAGAAGCCACCAUUCGAGCACUCCAAGAUGAAAAGGAGGUAGCAGAAUAUCUUUCCGACACUCGCAACUCCUACCGCCGAGGAUCCGCGUAG